ACAACCCAAUUUAUAAAGGAACGCGUUGGACUACCGAAACAUUGUUAUGAGGCGAUGUAUUGCUAUAGCUUUCUCCUCGCAGCCGCAGGCCUGAUCGUUCUGACCGCGGCGGGAUCACUAGCGGCGAAAAAGAGAGAGCCUUCGGUGAAUGAUGUCCGACAGGGUAGGGCGCCACGUGCGUACUACACUGCAGACUGGGCCGUGGAAAUCACUGCCGGAGGAGCGAAAAUGGCUGACGUAAUAGCAAAGAGGAAUGGAUUUACCAAUCUAGGAGAGGUCGAUGGAUUAAAAGACAUUUACCACUUUAAGUUGAAUGCAAGGGAAAGAUCGAGUGUUCCUAGGUUCUUUUCAUUUACAGCAAAGAGUAACCGUCUUUCUUCUGAAGCACAUGUUGGAUUUGUUGAGCAGCAGGUUGUUAAACCAAGGGUAGCUAAAUCCUACACUGUACCCGAAGACCCUCUAUUCUCAUCACAGUGGCAGCUGCUAAACUCUGGCCAGUUGGGGGAAAGCUAUGCAGGAAAUGACAUGAGGGUAGAGCAGGCCUGGAUGCAAGGGCUAACUGGCUGUAAUGCUACAGUCACUAUUGUUGAUGAUGGUCUUGACUUCACCCACAGAGAUAUAUGGAACAAUUUUGUUCCAGAGAUAUCCUACAAUUUUGUUGCCGAUACUAAUGACACAUCACUUUACUAUCCGUCGCAUGGUACUGCAUGUGGAGGUAUUGUUGGCGCCUUGAAAGAUGAUAGGACAUGUGGUGUUGGAGUUGCACAUGAAGUUAACCUUGGUAGUGUGGCACUUCUUGGAGCAAACAGUGACAUUAAUGAAGCUCUCAGCCUCUCCUAUAAGAGAGAUAUUGUAGAUGUGUACAGUAACAGCUGGGGACCAUUCGAUAGUGGGGAUAAUGUCGAUGGCCCUGGACUCCUUACUGAGAUGGCUCUUGAGAAUGGGGUUCAAGAGGGCCGAAAUGGAAAAGGCUCCAUAUAUGUGUGGGCUAAUGGUAAUGGAGGUGAAGAUGAUGACUGUGCUGCCGAUGGCUAUGCAUCCAGUAUAUACACAAUCUCUGUUGGAGCUAUUGAAGUUGAUGGGUGGCCUAGUUGGUUUGAUGAAGAGUGCUCUGCAAAGAUGGUUGUAACAUACGUGACUGACAUGUAUGGAUAUUCCACUGUGUCAACUACAGCAUUGGAAGGACGCUGCACUACAUCCUUUGGUGGAACCAGUGCAGCAACUCCUUUGGCUGCAGGAGUCAUUGCUCUAGCCCUUGAGGCAAACCCAAGUCUGACAUGGAGAGAUGUCCAGUACCUGAUAGUAUACACAGCUAAUCCUCAGCUGACAAAUGGUACUGAUACAGAAAUAAAUGGAGCUGGUCUGGCAGUGAGUCGUCAGUAUGGGUUUGGAGUGAUGGAUGCUGAGGCCAUGGUCACCAGAGCUAGACACUGGAUCAAUGUACCUCCUCAGAUGAAUGAAACACUUACGCCCAUUGAUGACUCUGGUUCAGCAGUGAAUUCUUCGCCAUUCGUGUCAACAAUCAACUACAGUGGAUCGGUGAAAUAUCUUGAACAUGUAAUUGUUAUAAUGACGAUAUCAAAUAUUUCUGAUGAGAAAAGAGGGAACAUCGGUGCAAGUUUAUCAUCGCCGAGUGGAACAGUGUCAACUCUUCUUGGGUUAUCGUCCAUAUGAUUAUGAUUACUUUGGCGAUGAUAUCAAUAGAGGAUAUUUUAAUUGGCCCUUCAUGUCAGUUAUGUUCUGGGGAGAGGACCCAACUGGACAAUGGACCCUUACUGUCACUCCAUUUGGAAACUCAAUUGCCACGAUCAGUGGAAUAGACUUUCAGUUCUACGGAGUGUCUGAGGUGCCAGAGGCAGUGGCAAACAUUCCUGCCCGGUGUCAUUCUGACUGCAGAAGAGGGUGUGCUAGAGAGGGCUCCAACUUCUGUGACUCAUGUGUCAACCUCCGCAAUGCCUACACUCUGGAGUGUAUCAAUGAGUGUCCUCCAGGCUACACCCAGCGUAAUGGUUACUGCUAUGAUUCGAAUCAUCCUGUUGAAGAAUGCAAUUCACCACUCAAGAAAAAAGAUGAAGUUUUGUGUGCUGAUGCUGGAUAUACAUCCUGCUGCACUGAGGAGAACUGUGAAGUGAGCAUCGAAUCAUCUCCAAUCUCCUGUUUCUGUGACGCUCUCUGCCACUCUUACGGUGACUGCUGCAGUGAUAUUCUCGACAUUGGUUGCACUGAGCACAAUGCCACAGAACCAUGCGGUAUUCUUCCCUAUAUUGCACUUGGAGUCACUGGAGGAGUUGAUACGCUGUCCGUUCCAGCAUUUGACGAUGGUGUAUCUGAACCAAUUGAUGUGGCUUUUCCAAUUGGAUAUAGCAUUGAACCCUUUGUUCAAGUGGGAACAAACGGAUACUUUACAUUUGAUGGAUACGACGGAUUUUUCCCGUUUCCAUUCGAUAAGAGAAACAAAAGUCUUGUGGCUCCAUUCUUCACUAACAUUGAUAUAUCAGUGGGAGUAGGCCAAAUCAGAUAUGAGGUCCACAGGGAUAACACAUCAGAGGUAAUACUGUCUCAAGUCAACCAACUGAUCAACAACUGCAGCGAGAAAGAGUUCACAGGGAAUUGGCUACUAGUUGCCACGUGGGAAAAUGUCUCGUGGUACAGACAACCAACCACUAGAAGCACAUUCCAAGGAAUGCUGGUAACAGACGCAAACAGCUCAAACUCUUAUGCUGUUUUUACCUAUUACUGUGGAGACUUGAGUCACGCCACUUUUGCAUCUAUUGGAUUUGGUACUGAAGACGGUCUGCAUGCAGCCCACGAAGCGACAUUUAGAGGGAGUGCUCAUUCCAUUGCCUGCUUGAACCAGCCAACCAGUCCAUGGGUGAAUGUUGUCUAUGAGCUCACAAAUAAUGAAAAUGAAUGUGAGGUUGAAAAUGGUGGCUGUGAGCAGAUAUGUUUGGACAAACUCUACUUGUAUGAGUGCAGUUGUCCAGAUGGAUCUGAACUGAACAGCGAUGGACGCACAUGCAGUGAUAUUAAUGAAUGUUUGGAUUCAAAUGGUGGGUGUGAGCAUGUGUGCAACAACACAAAGGGAUCAUAUUUAUGCUCUUGUGAAGAAGGCUAUGCUCUGAAUGAAGAUGGAAGAACCUGCUCCAUAACAUGUGGAGGGAGACUCACAGAAGUCAGUGGGUCUUUCCACACUCCUGACUGGCCUCUCAGUUAUCCCACUGAAGACUUCGUCUGUGAGUGGGUGAUAGACAUUGAGAACACCACUGACUCAGUCAUUGAGAUCAUAUUCGAUGAACCAUUUGGAAUCUAUGGUAGUCCUACAUGUCAAACUGACUAUGUGGAGGUACUGGAUGGAGUAGAAGAUAGCUCUCCUUCUCUUGGAAAACACUGUUAUACAUCCACACCGAGCCCUAUUGCCACCUCAUCAAAGAGAGCCAGAGUAAUUUUCAAAGGAAGUUCUCGAAGUCAGCGUCAACAGAAUAAUAUAGUCGGAGUCUCUAUACAAUACUCAGCAAAGCCAGCAGUAAAUGAAUGUGAGACUGACAAUGGUGGCUGUGCUCAUAUCUGCAAGGAUUCCAAGUCCUCAUACUCUUGUAGUUGUCAUGAGGGAUUCACUCUUUCUGAAGAUAAACACAACUGCAGUGAUAUUGAUGAAUGCUCAACUAAUGGACAUGGAUGUGAAGAUGUCUGCAUUAAUAGUGAGGGAUCGUACUCAUGCGGCUGCAGCGACGGCUAUGCUCUGAAUGAAGAUGGAAGAACCUGCUCUAUAUCAUGUGGAGGGAGACUCACAGAAGUCAGUGGGUCUUUCCACACUCCUGACUGGCCUCUCAGUUAUCCCACUGAAGACUUCGUCUGUGAGUGGGUGAUAGACAUUGAGAACACCACUGACUCUGUCAUUGAGAUUUCUUUCAAUGAUCCAUAUGGGAUCAAUGGUCGUGAUACAUGCCCAACUGACUAUGUGGAAGUACUGGAUGGAGUAGAGGAUCACUCUCGGUCUCUUGGAAAGUACUGUUUCUGGAGGAAACCAGACCCCAUACUCACCUCCUCCAGCAGAGCCAAAGUUGUGUUUCAAGGAAGUGACCUCCCUCGUCCACCCACCAGAGUUGGUGUCUCCAUCAUUUAUCACAUGAGACAGAAAGUUAAUGAGUGUGAGAGGGACAAUGGCGGCUGUGCUCACACAUGCCAGGACUCUCUGUUUGGAUAUUCAUGUCAUUGUCAUGAGGGAUUCACCCUUGAUAGCGACAAUCACAAUUGCAGUGAUAUUGACGAAUGCGCUACUGAUCAGCAUGGAUGCAAACAUAUCUGCAUCAACACUGAGGGAUCAUACUCAUGUGGCUGCAGCGACGGCUAUACUCUGAAUGAAGAUGGAAGAACCUGCUCCAUAACAUGUGGAGGGAGACUCACAGAAGUCAGUGGGUCUUUCCACACUCCUGACUGGCCUCUCAGUUAUCCCACUGAAGACUUCGUCUGUGAGUGGGUGAUAGACAUUGAGAACACCACUGACUCUGUCAUUGAGAUUUCUUUCAAUAUGCCGUAUGGGAUCAAUGGUCGUGAUCCAUGCCCAACUGACUAUGUGGAAGUACUGGAUGGAGUAGAGGAUCUCUCUCCUUCUCUUGGAAAACACUGUUUCUGGAGGAAACCAGACCCCAUUCUCACCUCCUCCAGCAGAGCCAAAGUUGUGUUUCAAGGAAGUGACCUCCCACAUCCAGCCAGCAGAGUUGGUGUCUCGAUCAUUUAUCACAUGAGACAGAAAGUUAAUGAGUGUGAGAGGGGCAAUGGCGGCUGUGCUCACACAUGCCAGGACUCUCUGUUUGGAUAUUCAUGUCAUUGUCGUGAGAGAUUCACCCUUGAUAGCGACAGUCACAAUUGCAGUGAUAUUGACGAAUGCGCUACUGAUCAGCAUGGAUGCAAACACAUCUGCAUCAACACUGAGGGAUCAUACUCAUGUGGCUGCAGCGAU